AUGCCCGUUGAUAAAGACUGUAUCGACUCGAGGGAAUCGUUUCCCAGACACUGGACGACGGAUAGAGGUCUUGUCGAAGCCGAAUACAUAGUGCUUGUCAAAGCGCCGAAAACGUCGCUGUUAGAGAUACUCCAACGAAGUUUUGUUGACUGUUUUGAAUUCGUAAGCAUGUCAUGCCCACAACAGUCGCCGAAGAAGAAAAAGAAAAAAGAAGGCAACAGUGAUUCUGAAAACAGUGAUGAAGAAGAGAUCCCAACAACGUACGAGCUAUGGCAGGAUUUUUUGCAUAGCCUCACGCUUCAUGGAUUUCGUUUCAUAUUCGAGGAUGGCCCUAAAAUUCGCCGUCUCCUAUGGUUGGUGAUUUUGAUACUCGCCAUUUUCAUGUUGUUGCUACAGAGCAAGAAAAGUAUCCAGAAAUAUUUUGAUCGCCCGAUCACCACCACUGUGCAAGUUGAAUUUUUGGACGAGAUUAUUUUCCCCGCGGUUUCUAUAUGCAAUUUCAACUUAUUUCCUUAUUACCUUAUUAACGGCACAAUAGGAGAAAAGGUAAGUGAUUAUAAAUUGUAAAUCCACUUGUAUUAUUAAUAAUCUCCAACUGGAAUAGCAUGAUCCAGGGACCCCACACCUCGCCCUUCCCUGACCCAACAUUUGCGCGACUUCAGAAGCCAGUGUUAACGUUAGGCUAGGGGGAGGGGGAGGGGUAGGUAGGUAGUUUCCCAGAAUCGUACAUUCGCCACUUUAGAAAAGAGAGGGAACCUGGCCCUAGUUAACUCGCUAAGUCUUCUGGGGCUUUUAUUAGGAAGAGGGGAAAUGAUCAAUAGCUGACCGUCGUUUUUAAAGUAACGAUCCCAUGAAUCAGUUGCGGGAUGCAUUAUAGCCCCAGUUUACUUUUCGGUUCUAAAGUGGUGAAUUGAUCCGAAGUUUCAAGCAUAACGAGACAAGAACCUCCCCACCCCUACCCUAAUAAACCCUACAGUAGACUUUUUCUAUUCGGGCUGUGGCCCCUUAGAUCAGUAGAAGAAUUCCCUGCUUCAAACAUUGUCCAAAAUACAGUCGAACUUUCAUUAAGCGGCCACCCUCCUGAAUGAAAAACAUGUGCACGCUUAACAAUUAAAGUGGACGAACGCUUUCAAUUAGUUUCAUUUGCAGUGAUUCACCGACAAUUCUGUAUUGAAGCAGCUCUAGAUCCUGGAAACUGAGCACUAAAUAACGGUGGUGUCUUAAAAGAGACCACUUAUUUUAUGUCAAUUCUACGGUUCUAAAAGAAAGUCUAGAAACCUUUUCUACUGAUCGCUAGAUUCGAAGUCACUGCCCACUGGUAAGUUCCGUAUUGCCAAGGUACAUUUGUUAUGCUUGUUGAAAAAACAAAUUAUAAUAAUGUUUAGAUUUAUAUUUUUGCUUACUUUACUUCUCUUAUACUAUCCUUGCUUUGAACCAACUUGAUAUUGAAUAAGAUGCAAUGCGCAAACUCACAAAUUGGAUUAUUUUGCUCCAUUUCGCUAUUUAUCAGUAAUUUGAAGCAAUUUUAAUAAGGGGUGUCUACUAGACAGGGGGCUUUUAUUAGAGAGAAGUGUCUCAUACAAACGUUUGCGAAGAGGGGACGUUCAUUAGAUAAAAGGCGAUUAUUUGAGAGAGCGCGACUAUUUGAUCAUUUAUGGUAUAUAUGCACUUACGGCUGGCAAACCAUAGCCUGGUACCAGGCUCCGCAUUGUGGGAAAAAGGAAAAAAAAUCGCGUUGGCGAAAAAAAAAUCGGCGAGUGAAGCGAGCUGAGAAGUAGUCUGGGGAUAGGAAAGGGUGGCAGCGCUCCUACGCCCUUUCCCCCUCCCUUGGAUACCGCUCGAGUCGCUUGGCUCGCCAAUAUUUUUCCUAUUUGACCCCGUUUUUUGCCUUUUCCCCCCACUUCUGAGCCUAGUCCCAGGCUAGGCAAACUAGUAUAAAUGAAAAAAGAAUUAUACCAACUUUUGUGUUUUCGCUACAGGUCAUGUCAAUAUUAGCUCCUCAAAAGUACAUUGACAACAAAGAAGAGGUUCUCUUUGCGCGAUCUCCAAUCCCGAACUUCCUGAACUACCUUCGCCGUCGUCGCCGGGGAAAAGAAUCGACAAAACCUAUCGAUGAUGACGAUGUCGAUGUUCUUGAUGACGAUACAGCAUUUGGGAUCGAUGAUAGUUUUGACUUUGCGCAGUUUGUGAGAACUCAUGGCCAUCGUAUUGAUCACAUGAUUAAAAAGUGCAGAUGGAAAUCACAACCUUGCGGACCUGAGAAUUUUACUGCGGUUAUAACUGAGUUUGGUCUCUGCUACACAUUUAAUUCAGGUGAAUAUCAAACCUGAGGGAGGGGGGGGGAGCUCCUAAGAGACCUUAAAGUUGUUUUUAAAAGUUAUUUCUCCGAGAUCCCUCACGUUUGAAAUAGUAGAGCGUUUUCACUUACUUGGCCAUCAAAUAUGCUUAUCUUUUUCUUGGAACAAAAGAAAGUUUUUAUAUGAGAGAAGAAUUCAAUCCCCACAGGACUUUUUCGGUACACCAAUAUGGCCGCCAUGAGGUCAUAUGAAAACAAAUCUGUUAAGGUGGCUGAGCACAGUUCUGCGGGCGGUCAGCGGUAACUCGCGUUAUGGCUCGUGUUUUAAAUUAGACAAACAAACAUGCCGGCGCAAAAAAGCAAUGGUACACAGAUGACUAUUUCUCAAAAUCUACUCAUUAAAAUUUUGUGAUAUUUGGAAGAAUUUUUACUUUUAUCGUACUUCCAAUAAUAAGAAUUUUAAAAUGGAAGUUGAACAGACGAAUUUUGUGACACAUUCAAUAAUUACAGUACAAUCAUAUUAUUGAUUAUCUAAAAACCCGUCUUUUAAAAUUUGGUCAAAUAAGUUUCAAAUGGUGAUGAUUAAUUAUAGUAAGCUGUGUGAAAGUUUACUAUAGGAAAAUCUAAUGCGCAUAUUUUAUGUAAUCUGAGCAAAAGUGAAAUCUUAAGGUUGUAUUCAAUCGUUCAUGUUGCCAUGGAAACUACGAAAACGUCACAUUUUACCUGUCAGUCAAAAUUUUUCAUCAGUAUAUUUUUCACUUGCCAAGUUUCAGCUUGUGAGCUGCAACCUUUCUCUUGCCAUCAUUUGGCAAAUGACAUAUACUCACAAACUGCCAAAACUGUGUUAAGCUACCAUAACUGGAAGAAAUUAAUUGAACAACUCGCCCUGUAUAAGCCAUAUAAAACCCAAGGCAUUUAAAUGAGCAGUCAGUCACAAGAUCCAUCGACCUAUCUAUGAGACCCACGUCACCACAAAUUGCUGUGCAACUUUUGUAGACAAGACGUCCAAAGUUUUAUCCCAUCAUAUGACAUCCGAGUUUACGAAUCAAAUUCAACAAAUUACUCAAAAUAAAACUGCUCAGUUGAAUAUUAACUCGAGCUCAUCCAAGACUAAGCCUUUAAAAAAUAAUAUCAGGGGACAACAUUUUAAUCGAUAUCUGGCCGUGUGAGUUCUGAAAAAUAAACUGGUACUGUAUUACUAUUAUGCCAAGAUUUCCCAUAAUUUGGUAUCGAAGACCGCAGGGAUCUCGAGCCACCUAGCAUUUUGUUUGGUGAAUUUAACUAUGCAAUGUUGCGCAUUUUUUUUUUUCAAACACCAUGAUGUUCACCGGGCCCACAGGCAUGAAAGGACACCCGCUACUCAGAGUGCAACGAGCAGGAGUAGAUUAUGCGCUCAGAUUAUCUCUCAGCGUACAACAAGAUCAGUAUUACGGCUCACUAAGAGACUCGUCUGGCUUCAAGGUUAUGGUGCAUGAUCAGGAAGAACCGCCCCUGAUCAACGAGCUUGGUUUUGCAAUUCAGCCAGGGACGCACACGUUCUGCGGGCUUAGGAAGGAAGUGGUAUGUACAUGAAUAGUCAUCUAAACAGAUGUUAUUCACAAUACAAAAUCGCAAAACAAAAGUCUAACCGGGGGGGUUUGCAUUAGAAAUGAAAGGUUACCUAUUAGAGUUUUGUUGUUGUUGUUGUUGUUGUUGUUGUUUUUGUUGUUUUUCUUAUUUCUAAAGUGAUCAGAGAUAAGUAAAGAAUCGAAGCAAGCCAAGAUGAUUAUUGAAUAGACUGCUGAAGCUGGACCUUUAAAUGUAGCCCUAGUAACCUCAAAGUGUGGAUGGACGCCUGAAAGCCCCUGAUAGAUUCUAGACAACGGAUCUCAGACGUUGGACUGGACUGGGAAAUAUUAGGCAACAGAUUUUUAAUAGUCAUACUCUUCCUUUUAAACUUUUCGAGAUAACGCCGAUUUCUAUAUUCUCGAUGGGCUACCGUUCUUCAGGGUAAAAAUUAUUUUUCAAUUAAAUUAUUAUCCGAUUAAAUCCAAUAAAGAGGAACCUUCCUCUAUAAUACGGACACCAGUAUUCUAGACUACGAGCAGUCUCAAUUUUUUCUUGGUCCGUCGAGCAAAACGCCCAAGACACGCAAAUGACCACGCGCGUGACUGAAGGCACGAGACGGGAGAGGCACGAUAAAAGAGCUAUGCGGGCAGUCUCUCUUUUUUCUGCUCGGGCUGCCGCCCUCGUUUCUUGCGUCUCGCAGCUUCGCCGCUCAACGCUCGCACGCGCGUGCACGCCCCUUACUAAAUCUGAAGAAAAAGAGAGACUGCUAGCAGUCUACCUGUAUUGCGGACACUUCUCUUCGUCCCUUUGGUGUUUAUGUUAAGAAAGUAUAAUUUGACCAAACAUAAUAGCCGCCAUUGUUAAUUGCUUGUUUUUACGUUUAUCUCAUUGGUUUGUUUGUUUUUGUUCAGAUGCAUAACCUUCCAUCGCCAUUCAAGACUGCAUGCGAAGAUAAACACCUCGCUGGUUUUAAAAAGUACACCAAGUCCGCUUGCCUUCUGAAAUGCCGAGCAGAUUACGUUAUCAGUAUGUGUAAAUGUAGAUCUUACGACUUAGAGGGUGAGUCACUUUCGUCUAUUCAGAUCUUGAAAAUGUCGCUUCAUUCUUAUUUUAGCAAAAAAAAUUAUAAGUAAAGCUGUUUGACGUCUCGAUCUAACCAAAGAAUGACAAAAGCUUAACUGUCAAAGUCCGUUAAAAGAGUUGAGAUUUGAACUCAUUAGAUCACGGGCAUUCAUGUGUGUUUGAUUUCUAUAAAAACGUGCUAAUUAAUAGAACAGCUCAGUAGAGUCUAUAUGCACGUUUAUUUCUAGCUUGGUAUUCUAAGAAGUUACAAGACUCAAGAUAAUCCUGGGUGUAUGGCAAACGGCAUAAAAUGCUUUUCCCCAUAACAACAAACAUCUCUUUUGUUUUUUGCCAUACGGUAAAAUCAGGCCGUGUGCCCAUAAAAGCAACCGCGUUCCCAGGGAUUUAAAUGAUUUGUUCUCCAUGCCAGUGGAUUAGGGUAUAAGUCACCUGACCGCAUGCAUAGCAGUUCAGCUGUCCACACAAAACGAUAUUCUGAAAUCCUUUUAAAAUUUUACAGUUUGUUUUGUUCAUAAUUUAUGCACAAUACAGGCACGUGACUGAAGCACUAUGCAAGAACAAACGUAGCUACGUACCCUGUCGACAAAUUUCAGCCGCAAAACCAAAUUUUCAUUCGUGUUUCUUAUGCAUAUUACCAGCCAGGGGCGGUGCACAUGUUGAACAACUUGUCUAUUUAUAGGAUUCCAUGAUCGUUUCUAAGCUGUUUUGUGAAGAGUGUCUAUUUUCCCAUUUACCCACCCCGAAAUCAUUUUGCUUCCGGCCAAUAAUAAAUAAUCCGUGGUGUUCAUAAGUUUUGUGAAUAGACUAGUCUUAUCUUAUUCUCGGAGACCCGGGACCUCUCCUUGUGUCAGUCAAUCCGGAGGGGAGAAUAGCACGACGAAAGUUUACUAACCUGUGCGUAAAAUGUUUGGUCGUGCCAUAAAAUUGUUGACCAACUGUCACUCCAUGGAUCUCCCAGAAUACACUACCCAUAUUAACAGAAAGGCAGAGGAACGGAAACAAUUAAUGGUGCGGCCUGAGUGCUUUAUAGGAAAAUUUUGAUUUCAGUCUAUUAGUUUUUAUAUCAAUAGGUUUCUCCUUUCCCAUACACAUAAUAGGUGAAGCUCCUCCCUGUCUCCCUCAAGAAGUCAAAAAUUGUGUUUGGCCUGCCAUGGGUAAGUACUGGAUCAUGAAGUUUCACCUCUGAGUAUAACAGUACAGUUCCGCAGUUCUAAUACAAUAUGAAACUUGAAAAUUACAAUAAAAACAAUAGCUUGGAAAAUACACAUUUUAACGCCAAAGGAAUCUGAAUCCAUGAAUACCGCCAAUUCUUAGAACGGGGAAAACGACAACACAUGAAAAUCAAACGGAAUUGUGCCGGAUUAAUCAAAUAACUAGAUAUAAAUAAAUGCCUAAAAUAAAUGUAGUAAACAUGCAGAAUAUCCCCUGUAGACUUAGAACGUAAAUGCAGAAAGAUAACUUUGUCCUCUCUCUUCAACCAAACUUUAGAAAUAUUUCGUAACGAAAGCAACAAUUGCGAGUGUCCAGUGCCGUGUGAGAUAACCAAGUACCAGGUUCAGCUAAGCUAUGCCCAGACUCCUGCCAAACAUUUCUCGGAGGUUUUAGCGCGUAGAAAGCACGUUAGGAAAGACGUCAUGAGACAUUAUCUCAGGUGAGGAUAACUCCUGAAAGACGGAUUUGGUUUUUUUUUUUUGCUUUUCCAUCACUUGGACUGAGCACUUGAAAGAGUUGUGCGACUGUGAUGUAAUUUAGAAGGCAAGUGGGCGCAGUACACAAAUUUCAAGGAAGAACAAACUCUGAAGAAGAGAAAAAUGGAUUGUGCCCAGCGCUUUUGAAUACUUUUUAACUUUCAAAGUAAUGUUUAGCUCUUUCAAUUUAUCUCUAUUGUUUGUGACUCCAAUGAAUUGGUGUUUGAGAGACACAUUUGUUUGCCCAUUUAUUUUGCAAUUUACAAGCUAGUAUUUUUUUGCGCUAAUGUUGACGAGUUGCACUGUGAAGAAGGGCGAGUUAUAACGAGAGGAGAUUAUUACAAACAACAAAAUGAAAAAAUGUGGACAACCGCAAUCCUCUCAAAUUACUAAAACCGCCCCGCCUUAUUUGAAGCCUGGGAUUGCCAACAUUUAUACAAGAAUCAAGUUAGAAUAAUUUUAAAAAGGAUCCUUUGAGCUUUUAAGAAAUGAAGAGUGAGAGAAAUUAAAAAGAAAGAGCUUGAAUUGAGCCAAAUAGCACCAUUAUCAUCAACUGAUAGUUCGAGAUAGUCAUUUUCCUCUUCCGUCAAAGAUAUGCCUCAUCUAGUUUUUUUUUUAGUUUGCUGACAGCAAAAACGGCGUUUUUAUUCGUCCUCGAUCUAAUUGAGCAUCUUAACUAUUUGAAAUUUUCUCAUCAUCAUUUUGUCAAGAAUCUGCAAAUCUAACUUGCGAUCAGGCAUAAUGUUAGCAGAGAAUCUUACGGAAACGGCGAGACAAAUGAAAGAUUCUGACUGUUCGAGUAACUUGAACACUGUCAGAAGCGAAGAGGCGUUGCCUCUCUACUCUCACCUUCUCAGAGAGCACCCUCCAUUUAUUCAAUAUAUUCAAUUAUUUUUAAUAGGCCCUUUUCAGCAAGUCAAUUACGUGGUACAAAACUGCCAUAUUGGAGAACAAGUUAGACAUUAGGACAAGACAAGAAAAGACUUAACCAUAAAAGUGGUUAUUUUAAUUGUUUGUCUUCUCCAAGUGAUUUUCUUGCUCUCCAGCAUGGAGGUUUUGUACAACGUGUAUGGCAAGAUGAAAGGGCCCUUUAUUGGUCAAAUGAAAUUUUUAAAGACUAGUAAACUGUGUAGUUGUAUAUCAUUCAUCAGGGACAACUUUCUUGAGCUUGAUGUGUACUUCGAGGAGAUGCAAGUUACGUUGAUCACCCAGCGACAAGCAUAUGACCAGGAAAGCUUGUUUGGUAAGUAACAUAAACACUGAAAUGAUUGCUGCAUUAUAUGCUUUAGCUAAAAAUAACGAAGGUAGUUGAAGAUGCAUUGCCUCGUUAUUGAAUGUGUUACUGAAUUUGCAGUGAUUUACAAAGUUUCCAUAACUGGAGAGAAAACGAAAAAUUGUCUGAGAAUGAAAAUGUCCGACUAGAAUUUUCUUCAAAGAAAUUCGAGGCCAGGAAUUUGUUGAAUUCAAAUGCCAGCGUUCCUGAAAACGGUUGUUGUUUCAGUAAUUCAUAUUUGAUAACUAAUUAAUAAAUAAAACUUUAUUUAUCCUGCAGAAUGAAUCAACUAUACGGUAUUAAGAAUUAUUAAAAAGAUAUAAAUGCGCAACCAAUUAUAUUACUCCGAAAUACUAUAUUUUCCCGCUGGUACUUUUUUUUUUGUCCGUAAUAAUGGGAUGUUCAGCUCACAUAGCAGAUUAUGUUAUUAAACUGUUUGAGUGAGUUUCAUUCUUUUUUAAUCACAUUUGAUGAUGGUUUAGGCCUCUUGAGAAACUCGUGACCCUUGCAUGUCAAACGAAUUAUAGUGACCUUAUAAAGAAUCUCGUUAAAUCGUAUGUAAAUUAAUCUUCUUUGAUCCUCAUCUUUCGUCGUAGAAGUUUUGGGAAAGUUUGACAAGUGUUGCACAUCUCACUUCCGAAUUUGCAUCAGGGAGGUACUCCCUAUAAUAGUCUAUAGCGAAGGCUCCGCCCGAAAGGGGUACCUUUCUCAGGCUUCAGGUAUAUAGUGGAGGUGGCUAGUAGUUAAUAUAGACCGAGGCCGCGAAGCGGCGAGGUAAAUAACCACUAUUAGCCACCGACACUGAGGUGAAUAAUUGUUUUAGUAUAUACUAAAACAGUAAGAUAAUUGAGCAGAAAAAUGAUGAUUUUUAACUCAUUUACUGUUGCCAACGAUAACAAUUUUGGCGCGCGAUGACCGAACGGCCGUGGUCGUCGCUUUUUCUUGGGGACAAAGAAAAGUUUUGAAGGCGUUUGUUUAGCUCUUGCGGGGAAGUUUCUUCAAAAGGAGUUAUGAAUUCUUUUUGUAUUUAAAAUCAUUCUGUAAAAAAGAUUAUUACAUUUAGUUUUAAGCUUGUUUAUGAACGAGUCAACUAAAUGAAGUAACGCAAGACUUAAGCUUAAUUUGCAUUUGUAAACAAAAAACUUUUUCACCGGUUUUAUCGAUAAAUUCAAGUCAAAAAGACAAAGCUUUACCUGUUAAAACUUCCAAACCGAACUUCGUCACCUUCUUCAUGUAUUUUGGGUAUAGCUUGCUUGAUUAGUUGUGAAAUUUCUUAGUUUGUUACGGCAGCAAACCGGGAAGGCAUUUUGCUCGCAACUUACGUAAGUUUGGCGUCGCUCGCUCGGAGGAACUGGAGGUGAAUCAGUGAAUAGUGCAGGAUAUUCACUGAUUAAGUAGCCAAUCAGAGCGCGCGAAAAACACUAUCCACUGUUUUAGUAUAUACUAAGAAGGGAUAGGGGUUUCACUGGGUGACGUUUAUGAAAGUGUGAGAAAUUUUGCCAUUUUGGUCUGUAAAAAGGCCCAAAAGAGCUAACAGGUACAUUUUAUGGCUGUAAAAAAGUCCAAAAAGCUUUCUGGUUUUAUCGUUUUUUCACAUUUUAAAGGCAGUGCAUUAACAGCAGUUUUAAGGGAUACGAAGUCCUGAACUAAGUAUGUGAAAAGGUGCCAAUUGACGAUAGAAGGUAUACGAAAGGCGUACCUUAUCGGCUUGAAAUGGCAUACUUUAAAAGGGUAAGAGCUUGAACCUCGGGGCGGAGCCUCCCCUAAAAAGCUUUGUUGAGUAGCCCCCACGGGAACAAAAUUUUUUUUUUGUUAUCUUGCUAGGUGACAUUGGAGGUCAAGUUGGAUUAUUUCUUGGAGCUAGCAUCCUUACAGUGCUAGAGUUCUGUGAUUUACUCGCAAGAAUAAUCGUCAAUAAGAUAAAACAAAGGAAACGUCGGCGAACUAGAACUGUCUAA